GUGACCGGACCAGAGUCUUCAAGCAACAUUAGUGGCAGAAGGAGUUGCUCUGAUUUAAGGAGGGAUAUUGCAGUUUUAUUGUACCAACUCCAGAAUGCAAACAAUAAGGUCUUUCUUCAUCACUCAGUGGUCCUCAGACGUGCGCCUGGAUGGGAAGACGGCUAUAGUAACCGGGGGCAACACUGGGAUAGGCAAAGAAACAGCUAAAGACCUGGCUGGCAGAGGUGCCCGGGUGAUUUUGGCGUGCAGAGACAUGGCGAAGGGAGAACAAGCUGUUUGUGAAAUCACUGGGGAGGUGGCGGGAGCCAGGGUAGUCGCCAGGCAACUGGAUCUGGCUGACACUACAUCGAUCUGUCAUUUUGCUGAGAAUGUCUACAACACUGAGAAGACUCUUCACUACCUGAUCAACAAUGCAGGCGUGGCUAUGUGCCCUUAUGCCAAGACUGCGGAUGGAUUUGAGAUGCAGUUUGGAGUCAAUCACUUGGGCCAUUUCUUCUUGACUUUUCUGCUGCUGGACCUGCUGAAACACUCGGCCCCAUCCCGGGUCAUCAACCUGUCAUCGGCGGCUCACGCCAUGGGCAAGAUCCAGUUUGAUGACCUGGCCGGAGAGAAGAACUACCACCCGGUCAGGGCUUAUGCACAGAGCAAGCUAGCUAACGUCCUGUUCACCAGAGAGCUGGCCAAAAGGACUGAGGUUCUAGGUGUCAUGGCUUACUCAGUGGACCCAGGCAUUGUAAACACUGAAAUUACACGGCACGUAAGGCGCCCUCUUGGGGACAUAAUCAAGACCUUCGGUUCGCUGAUCAAGAGUCCAGCAGAGGGAGCCUACACCACCCUCUACUGCACUGUCACUCCUGAAAACCAGCUGCACACCGGAGGGUUCUACAGGGACUGUGCCCUGGCUGAGAGCUGCAGAGCCGGUCAGGAUGAUGGCACCGCCUUAAAGCUGUGGGCUGUGAGCUGCCACCUGCUCGGUAUUCGCUGGAGAUAAAUUUGCUCUCCUACAUGCUCUGAAGCAACUUUCAUAUUCAGUUCAUACUCAGUGAUAACCCUCAACAUCAUGCUGAAGCUUCCCAAUUUUCCUGAAAUUUGUGCGUGCGAUAGACAUAAAUUGUGAAGGUAGAUAAAAACGACAAUAAUACGAGCACAACCCGCUCACUGUAAUGAAGUUUGAUUCGUAAGAUGUAAGAAGUCCAGUGUGCAGGAUUUUGUUAAAUUAAAUGGGAGGCUGUAGAUUGCAACUAACUAAAUAUACCAUGUAGAAAACAUACAAAAAUGUGUAAGACCCUUUGUAGAGCUAUUUGGUUUAGUUUCAUUAAAGGCUACUGUAAAAACAUAGCAGUGAAAUAUAGCAGAUUCAAUGGAAGAGGGACCAGGCCCAGCUUCGGAGGGGAACUGAAAAGCUUCCACUGCAAAAUUGAUGAAGUAUAUAUGUUGUUUAACUGUCCUAGACUACAAAUAGCAUACAGAAACCUAGAAAUUUGCUCAGAAUUUAAUCUCCCUGUCUGAUUAUUUACUGCAUAUUUGUAGAGUUUCUCACAACUUUCUGUAAAAAUGUCCGUACACGAACUACAGAUGCCUUUUGUGACUUUUUCUGGUUCCCAACAGAGCAGCUAAUCAAACCAUGAAUGGAACACAAGUCCAAAUUCAUUGUUUCAGCAUGUUCUGUCACAACAUUGUGUCCCAUUCCUCCUGUUUUGUACACCAUUUUGAACCCUCAUGACCUCAAGAUUUUAAUCCUUAAGGAGGAGAUUUGCAUUGAGCCCCUCUCACACAGUUUCGUUUUGCAGGGUGAGAAAGGCAUGAUCUGCCUUACUUACCUCUGAUUGGCCAACCCUGACAUUCUCACCCUAAUCUUAACCAAUCUCAACAUUCCUGCUCUUACCCAUUUCAAUCCUCAUUAACCAGCCAAUCAGGUAGUACUUUAACCAUGAAUAUUAAUGAGGUUUCCCUGCAAGAAGAAAACCUGUGACCUGCUUCCUUUACAGAUACUUCAUCCUGAUGGAAUGGAAACACAACUGUUGUUAUUUUCAGAUGACUAAAUGUUUAAUGCUAUAAAUUUGAAUUUUUUGUUGCAUUUCUGCCAAUAGCCCCCAAAAAUCCUAUAUACACUGGACCUUUAAGAGGAUUAAGAAAGUAGGUACUGGGAAUAAAAUACCACUAAUACCUUA